AUGAGCGUGCACCCGGCCGAUGGCGCCAACACUGGCGGUGCACGAGCCCCAGAACCCCCGCUUGUGAAGAAGGCGUGGACCCAGCCAGAUCCAUCACCAGCGGCGCCCCACGAUGAACCGCCAGCCUUGGGUGUGGAGGAGCACACUGCGCCGCUCAAUCAGAAGCCUAAACGACGAGCGUCGCUGACAGCGCUGCUCCCGCACGCAUCGCCAGUGACCUCAUCCGUACAGCACCACAGGAGUGGAGCAAGUGUGGGAACACUCUCAUGGAAUUUGCUCCUCCCGCUGACUCCCAAGAGCAGCGGAAGGACCUCGUCCUCCAGCCAAGAUCUUCCUGAGGCAUGCCAUGGUGGGCUCUCAAGGAAGUGUUCCGUCUCUCACCCUGCAGUGCUCGGGGCCCAGAACCACGACGAUGACUCCCAGCAAGAUGUCGCAACGGUCGUGUCAGUCGCGGUGAGGCCGGACCUCGUCGACGUAAACCUGAUCAUCAUCGGGAGUUGUGGCGAGGCCGUAGAGCUUCUCAGAAGGCGGCGAAGGGAGGGGGGUAGGGCGUUGUUGCUGUGGACCAACCGACCCCAGCAAGCAUGCAUCAAAGACAAGCCUUUGAAUGGGAAUCUGCGAAGUGCGAAGCUGAAUAUGGACAGCUUCGUAUGGAACCCUGCUCCAGCCAGCGACCCUGCCUCUCCAGUGGUUCAUCGGAUGAGGAGGCAAUAUGGUUGUGCAGCGGUUGGCAUGAGUCGCUUUGGACCUGACAUCCUGGACCUCAGGGAUGUCGAGUGUUAUCGUGUGAAGGUCGAUGACUCCGGUUGCGAAUGUGGCAUCGAGGUCUAUAACGAAAUGCGAGGCAACUUGCUGUGGGCUAUGUCAGGAGCAGUGGUAUUCUGCGGGCCUUCCUAUAGAGGCCACGGCCAAGCCGUGUGCUCGUCCAUGGCCGAGGUCAAGAGCUUGGACGUGUCUGUGGGUUUUCAGGAGGCGAUGCCUCUGGCAACAACCACCACAACCUCGGUCGUCAUCGCUCUCUUGCAGAACUUUGUGUUCCUCACAGCCUACUUCGUCAUCAUGAAGUAUUUCGAGGCCACCGCCGAUUCCAAACACUGGCCGUGGUGGCGGCUGUCCUGGGUGCUAGGGCCCGGCCUCGCAACGGGUGCCGUGAUAUAUCCGCGAUAUUGGGGAAUGACCCUCUUCGGCCACCAUCCGCCCGUAUGGUUUUGCGGCCUGGGGGCUGUGGUCAUCUCCUUGGCUUAUGUGCAGAUGCAGAUGUCCUCUCCGCAAGCUGCCGCACUAUUCCUCGCCGUUUCCACUAGUGUAACGGAGAAGGUCGUCUGCAGGAUCUUGAAUGCUUCCUACACCACCUUCAUCUACACGCCCCGAAGCUCGGUCAACGGCAGCAAAAGUAUUCUCGGCGACCAGCGCCGCUAUCUCACAGUUCCGGUAGCCAUGACUCAUGCGUAUUGCGAGGCCGUCAGAUUGUCGAGCCUUCUGUCGGUAACGGUGCGAAGUCCGAGCUGGGCAUGGUUGCCCAGUGUCCUGCUGAAUGUGAGUUUCAACCUCAUGGAGCGGACCCAACUGAUGAUGAGCUUAGCAGUGCGAAUUUUGCCAUGGUGUGAUUGGAUGUUCCCCGGGCUGAGUCUCGUCAUCAUGCAUGAUGUGAGGCUUCAUGCCGGGUACGCGCAGCAUGUUGCAGUGCUUGCUUUGUUGGUUGCUGAGAUUGUUUCUGGUGGAUUGGGCUUGACAUCUGUGCUCAACAAGCAAUGUGUCAUCUUGAUCUUCUGCUGUCUCAUUUUGGAAAUACUGGAAGACGUGCUGGUGCACGUCUUGCCACGCAGCGACUACUGGCGCCGAAGGCUGUCGCCGUACUACGAGCAACAGCCAGUGCUGCAUCCCAAGCAGCUGUUGCUCAUGGUUCAUCAGGGAACAAACUACGAAGCAGCACCUUUGGCCCCGCAUGGCCAGCGAUCCCUCGCCUUGGGCGAGGUCGUGGCACUCAUGUGGCCAAGCUGUUUGUUCACCUAUUUUCUGAUGACGCUGCUACUAGGGGCUGGCUACGUGCAUGGUGUGUGCGAUGAACCCAUGCCGAAAGAGUUUCGAGCUCUUGAUGCACUCAUCUGGGAAUCUCCACUACUGUGUGUCUGA